AUGUUGAACAUUCAUAAAUUAUGGCUAUUUUCUUCGUUAUGCAUUAUUGUUAUUGUAGUUUUAUAUUUCCAGUCCGAAGUAACUCGUCUAGAAGAAGGUUAUCGAAAGCUAGAAUACAAAUUAGUUCAAGCGCAUUCGCAAUCUCGUCAGUUUUUCCCGAAGCCGACAGAAAAAGAUGACGAUGAUUUGGUCGUUAUAUACAACAGGGUACCAAAGACUGGGUCUACCAGUUUUGUUGGUGUAGCGUAUGAUUUGUGCAAGAAGAAUCAUUUUAAAGUUUUGCAUAUCAACAUAACUGCCAACAUGCAUGUUAUGUCACUAAAUAACCAGUAUAAAUUCGCCCAGAAUGUGACAAAGUGGCAAGAGAUCAAGCCUGCACUAUAUCACGGACAUAUGGCAUUCCUCAACUUUGAUAGGUUGGGUACAACAACAAAACCCAUAUUUAUAAAUUUAAUAAGAAAGCCGCUGGAUCGGCUAGUUUCUUAUUAUUAUUUCUUAAGACAUGGGGACAACUUCAGACCUCAUCUCGUGAGGAAGAAGCAUGGCGACAAAAUGACAUUUGAUGACUGUGUUGCAAAAGGACAGCCAGACUGUGAUCCAAGCAACAUGUGGCUGCAGGUACCUUUUUUCUGUGGACAUGCUGCUGAGUGUUGGAAACCUGGAAAUAAGUGGGCAUUAGAUCAAGCAAAGCACAACCUCAUUAACCACUACUUAUUAGUAGGAGUUACUGAAGAAAUGUUAGAUUUUAUCUCAGUAUUAGAAGCUGUAUUGCCACGGUUCUUCAAAGGUGCAAUAGAGCAUUACUUAAGUAGUAAUAAGUCCCACUUGAGGCAAACAAGUUCAAAAAUUGAGCCCACAUUAGAAACAAUAGAACGGAUAAAAAAAUCUGAUAUAUGGAAGAUGGAAAAUGAGUUGUAUGAAUUUGCAUAUGAACAUUUUAAGUUUGUGAAACGGAAAGUUCUUAUGAGAGACGUGAAUAGUGUACCGCAGAUUUAUUUUUAUGAAAAAGUGCGUCCAAAGUGA